AUGGAGCAUCAAAGAACUGAAAAGCGGAAAACAAAGGAGAAGAAAAGCAAAGGCACCAAGAAGACGAAGUUCGUGGGAGUUAGGCAAAGACCUUCAGGAAAAUGGGUGGCAGAGAUCAAAGACACGACUCAACAGAUACGUAUGUGGCUCGGAACCUUUGAGACCGCAGAAGAAGCUGCUCGAGCCUACGACGAAGCUGCCUGUCUCCUACGUGGCUCCAAUACUCGCACCAAUUUCGCUAACCAUUUUCCAAACAACUCACAAUUGUCUUUGAAGAUCAGAAACCUCCUUCACCAGAAGCAGAGCAUGAAACUUCAGCAACAACAACAACAGCAAAACAAACCCGUUUCUUCUGUUGCGGGACGCAACAUCAAUUACACUUCGCCUACUACUAGUCCCACCACGACCACACUGAUGCCGUUAGAUAAUGUGUACCGCCCUGACUCAUCGGUCAUAUUACAACCAGAGGUAGACAGUGUCCAGCUUCCUUACUCUUGGCCACUUGUCUCUGGAUUCAACCAUCAGGUUCCUUUGACACAGGGAGUGACAGAAGCACAUGAAGAUCUCAGCAAUCAUAACUCAACAGAUGGUCUAGCUGACAUUGAAAGACAGAUAUCAGCAUCCCUAUAUGCAAUGAAUGGAGCUACUACCACUUACUACGAAAACAUGCAUGCAGAGUAUCCAUUAUUCGAUCCAACCGAUCCCAUUUGGGAUCUCCCUUCACUCUCCCAACUCUUCUGCCCUACAUGA